CCACCGGCGAGUCCGCAGCCGGGGUGCCUUUUAGUAGUAGGUACGUAGGUAUAGAAUCGUGGAUGUGGAAGCUUUCAACUGACAAUUUGAAACGAGUUUGCUCUGGAGACGAAUUGAAGAAGGGUGAUGGAAGGAGCCGACCGGUCGUUCCGCAUCCGCGUGGCUGCACUGCUGGACCUGUACACCGUGUUGGGCCGGACUAGCAGGUGUCUACAGGACCUACAGCAGCUGCCGUGGGAACGCCAGGAGCACACCAAAAGGCUCCGGGAGGAGCUGGACUCCAUGACGCACGCCCUGCCGUCACCCGCACCGGCGACGUCACGCGCUGCACCUCUCGACUCGGCUGCAAUCCUCAGUGAACUGCAGCGGGCUGACCCGGAAGAGAUGGCUGAGCGCUGGCCUUCCCUCGCCCGUUACGCGUCCGAUAUCGACAGCAGUCUGGUAGCGGAGAUCUCAGCCUUUUCGCGGGCGCUUGGCAAGCACUGCGCCAAGCGUGGGAUGGGGGCCGACCGCCGGGGCGCCACAAAAGGUUCGCACAACGCGAAGCUGCUGAACGCCAUGGAGGACGUCCGCACCGUGGCAGACCUGCGGGAGCUCCGACAGUCCCGCUCGUCGGGAGUCUUGCGGUUUGUGGACAGCGCCAUCCAACGUCUGGUGGCGAGGCGGAUCGUCCCGGCAGGCGUCCCGCCGGCGAGUCUGAGACUGGCGUACCAGGCUAUCCAGGACACAAGGGAAGGGCUCACCAACCAAGAGCUCUUCAAAGAGCUGUGGAAGGCCUCAAAAACUCAGCCGGAGCUCCAGCCCUUCCUCAGCCUCAUAUCACGCCUCUGGCUCAUCAGCCCGGCAGAGAGCGUGGUGGAGAGCAUGGGCAGUGCGGUGAAAGAGGUGUUCGGCGCUCACCGUCAGCUUCUUCACGAGAACGCUGCGAAGGAGCUGAUAGUGAGGUGGAACGGUCCGGACAUGUGCAGUGCUGACGGUCUCAUUUUGGAAGUGCAGCGGAGGCAUAAAUUCAAUUUCACACGCUCCGCUAUCAGCAUCACAGCAGCGACAGAAGGUACCGUACUAGCUCGCCAUAAAACCAAGAAGUGCCCGCGAGAAUCCUUCUUUUAUUUCAACAAGACCAGGUGAGUCCAGCUAUCACGCCUCAUGUACUCACAUGAUGGUACCGUCAGCACUGUACCUGUCCGGAUUAUUCAGACGGAGAAUGGGCGGCGAAAGCACGAAGUCGGAGUCAUCUAAUCAGUGUAUAGUGUAAUUGCGUGUAAUUGCAUAUUAAGUGUAUUCAUCGCGUAUACUGCAAUGUUUCGUGUUCGUUUUUUUAAAGACACGCAACCUCAGGCCAUAUUAUAGGCAGGCACUGUUCACCUUCCCUUCAUGUGACUUUAACUGAGAUAGCAGUUUGGGCAGUAAGAAACCCUAAUCAGAAUGUCCCACGGUCCUACGAGCUCAUUCGCCGAAGAUAUUCAACUUCAAAUGUUGCGAUUUUGGCCGUACGCAAUUUCCGCUAUCCUAUUCAGAGUCAAUUAUUUCCCUUACGCAGUAUAACCGCCACCUGUGGUAGAGGCGAAAACGUAGUGCAAGUCCGUGCAAGGCUUAACACUAAAUAAAACUUUUUGUAGUUCGUAAUUAUUUUGCAUUCUGAUCAGUUUAAACCAAAAUCCCAUUCAAAACUAAUGGAAAAUACAUAUUUUCCAAAGGUGAACGGUUUCCUUGUCUCAGUUUCGGUACACAUUGCGACAGUUUUCCACUGUCGAUCAACAUUGCUGUAGUACGCUUGGAAGUACGUACGUAUGCAUGCAGGCUCUGUCUGAAUUAUGAUAU